GCCGAAAUUAACUAGCUUAGAAUUGGUGAGAUGAUCAGCCUCCAUAUGUCUACACAUGACUGCCAAAGUGUACCAUAAUAAUUAGAAUAAAAGAUGUCUUGGAGUCCUGGAGGUGAUACAGGGGAGGAGCCCCCUCCCUCAUAUCAAGAGGAAGGAGAUAUGAAAGAUCAGUUUCAGCAACAGCAAGAGAAAAUAGCAGAAUUGAAAGAGCUGUUAAAGCAAAAUGAAGAGAAAUUGAUGAACAAAGAAAAAGAGGUUGAGCAAUAUGCCACAAAACUCUCGGACAUCAAGUCACGUUCAAAAGCGUCCAAACGCAAGUCUGUGGUACAGAAACAGGACUCACCAGAACAAGUGGAGGACCUUGAGACACCAAAGAAGGGAAGCCAUAAGGAGGAAGUGUCAACUCCUGUGAGGAAAAGCACAGAGAAGGUGCCAAAAGGGAAUCUGGUUCUUCUACGUAAGAAAUUAGAAGAAAACAGGUUGAAAUUCGAACAGCGUGGUAAGGAAAUAAAUGAGAGUAAGAAGGGAAUUGAAGAAAUGGUUCAGCAUCUGAAGACCCAGUUGGAUGAGAGGGAUGUGACGAUACAGGAACUGCAGAAAGGGCUUCAGCACCACCAGUCGCCUGCCAAACUAACAGAACUCCAAGAAAUGAAAGAAAAUGUAAACAGUUCGGUUGAAUCUUCAGGACAAACACCAGAAGAAAUUUCCACACAGACUGCAAAUAGAGACAACAAGAUUACUGAGCUAAACAACAGAAUUGCAGAAUUGGAGACAACCAUCCUCGACUUGCAAGAAAAUUUUCGUGAAAAGGAUUCUGUGAUCGAUGCACGAACCAAAGCAAUUACACUGAUGUCAGAAGACUUCUCAAGGAGAAACAAGAUAACGUUAGAUAAUCUGGAAGAGACACGAGAAGAGAUGAGAAAAAUGCAAAGUAACUUUGUAACACAAGAAGGAAAAAUGAAAGAAGAGAAUGAAAGACUAAAAGAGGAGUUAGCAGCUAAGGAUCAUAGGUUGCAUCACUUGGAAGACAGUGUUAAGAGUCUGGAAUCUAUUCGGUUUGACUUGAGUACUAGAAACGCUGGACUGCAGGAGAAGGUGGUGAAAGUUCAGGAACAGUUGAAGGGACUGCAGGAGAGGCCUCCGGAAGAGCAAGACCAUACAAGGGUAGAGGACCUGACUCGCCAGCUCGAUGAUGCCAAUAAGCAAAUCAUGAAAUUGAAAGCUCAACAGAAGACCAAAGUGAAGAACCUCAAUAAACAGCUAGACGAACUAAGGAAGAUGUCUGAUGCCAGUGAGGAGAUUAUGAAGCUUCAGAACAGAGUUGCUGAACUAGAAGAGGACAAAGGUAACCUACAGUUACAUCUGGUAGACUUUGAUGAAUUGAAAGUUUCAGAGGCACACUGGCGGACAAGGGUGCUGGAACUCGAGGAACGAGUCUUACAGCAGAGUCAGGAUCUUGACAGUCAUGUGCAUAUGAUAGCAUUGCUUGAAGCAGAGAAGCUGGAUAACAUGCAAGUUAUCCAUUUUGAAAAGGAGAAAGUUUCUAGUUUAGAAACUGAAAUAGAAAGUCUGAGAUCAUCUCUACAGGAUCUGGAGAACCAGAAAGUGUCACUGGAGAUGAAAACAGUGGAUUUGGAAGAGCAAAUUGACACCCUCAUAAAAGAAAAGGCAGAACUUAUAGAGGAGGUAGAAAUGAUGUCACAUGAGAGACAAGGACUUGCAGCUGAACAUCCCAUUGCUAGAAAUAGGGAGAAUAAUUCUGACACAAAGAAAUUGUUCCAGAGUGUGGAACUUGUGGAAGGACAAGAGGAGGAAAAACAGUUGCCAGCUGACACUGGAGAAACCGAGACUAUGAAUAAAUCUUUACAGCAGUUAAAGGUUGAACUUCUCAGUACAAAUAAGGUAAUAGAAGAGCAGAAGGAAAUAAUCAUGAACUUAAAAUGCAAGAUAGACUCACGUGAUGAGGAGUUAGAAAUGCAGAAUGAAAUAAUUAAAAAGUUGGAGCAUCUCAGUGGAGACUACAAUGACAGAGAUGAUAGGAUAGCAGAGAUAGUAAAAGAACUUAGUGAAAUGGCGGGUGACCUUGAAGAGUGGAAAACAAGAUGCACAGAAGUGGAGAAGCGCCUGCAAGAUUUGGGCAAUGAGAAGAUGGAAUUAGAAGAACGUUUCAAAGAGAUUAAAAGUGAGAAUUCGGUGUUAAAUGAAGAACUCACUAAGCAAAGAGAGGUUGCUAAUGAUCUAGCAUCUAAAUUGAAAGAGCAAAGUAAUGCCAUAACUGGUCGAGAUGAAAGAAUAUCCUCUCUGCAGGGUUUGAUAGAACAGAAUGGCCAGACUUUGGAAGCGAGGGAAAUGACUCUUAAAGAUGUACAUGAGAAGCUUAACAAUGUAGAAAAACAAUACGAGUUAAGACUGUCAGAGCUGAAAUUGACACUAGCAAACAAAGAGAGGGAAUUACUAGAUAUGACAUCGGCUUUGAUGCAACAGGAGAUCAUCUUAAAAGACAAAGAAACUGACAUUACGGAACUCAGUGAAACUUUACAGAAACAGAGCCAUGAGUUUGCAUAUCUCCAGCAACACCUGUCAACUGUUGAGAAAAAUGUCUUUCUUCAGUUCCGUGCACAGUUAGAUGAAAUGUCAGUGACCCUUGCAGAAAAAGAUCAGUUGAACCAUCAGCUUGUUGAAGAAUGCCAGAAAUAUAGGCAGCAAAUUGAGUCACUUACAACAGAGCUCUCAGAUAAAGUUCAAGUUAUCGCGAGACUCGAGACACAAACUGAAAAGUUCAAGGAAGUGGAACUACAGUUUCAGUCAGCAGUAUCAAAUCUGAAAUCCUGCGAAGAAGAGUUAAGCAACCUGAAACAAGAACUUGUAUUAAAACAAUCUGAGGUUGAAGAAAAAACAGAUAAACUGAAACAAGUUGAAGGGAGAGUAACAGAGCUUAUUGAAAAGAAUAAAAAGUUUAUUGCUAAUUUGAAAGCCAAGGCUGUUGCCCUAAAAGGACAUGAGCAGAAGUUACAGCAGUAUGAAGCAGUGGUACAAGCUAAAGAGAAGUUGAUUUCGGAGCUGACUGCCGAGAACGAGGAGCUUUUGAAACGUCAAGCUGAUAAGACAGACUUGGAGCAACAGGUGAACACAAUCGCUAUAUUAACAAAGGAAGUGAACGAGGAACGGUCAAGGACUGAAUUGAUUGGUGACGAACUGGCAAAGGCAACUGAGAAAAUUGUAAGUCUUGAAAGAGAAUUGAAGUUAUCAGGAUUUAAGUUAGAUGAAAUGAAUUUAAUGAAAGACACCUAUGAGGCAAUGACCAAUAAGGUAUCAGAGCUAGAACAUGAGAUCAAUACAAUUCAGAUGGAAUUAAGAAACAGCGCUGAUCGCAUUAUGUUGCUGGAAAAAGAUAACAUUAGAUUAACGGAAGAAAGAAAAGCAAAAGAACAACAGGAGGAAAAGAAGAGUUCAUUGCUACAAGACAAAAUUAAAGAGCUUAAAGCAGAGUUAUUGAAACAAACAGAAGAACUGGAAAAACUAAAGGCAGAGAAAAAUGAGCUUUUGCAACAGGUGUUGAGUUCCAGUGAUUCUAUAGCAAAAGCUAGCGAGCUUGAGGAACAGGUUAGGAUUAGGGACCAGAGAUUAGCAGAAUUUGAAGAACAGUUGAUGUCAUCAUUUGAACUAAAUAAACAGUCAUUAUCAGCAGUUGAAGCAAAAUUGCAAGAACGUGAAGCUGUGGUCGAAUCCUUGGAACAGGAACUUUCGAAAGCUACAGAGAGAGUUGAGCACUUGGAAGAAGGGUUAGCGUUUGCCGAGGAAAGAUGUCAGUCACUUGAGAGCAAAGUGGAGGCUUUAAGCAUUAGGCUGCAGGAGUCUGACCGAGUGAAAGAGGAGGUGGUUGAGAGUGAGGAGAUGCUGGAACAGCGCCUGACAGUUCUUAUUGGAAGUGAAGAAAGCCUGAAGAGGAAGCUCGAGGUUCUAAGUGUGGAGAAUGAAGAAUUAACACUGAGGAUUGCUGAACUGACCAAAGAAAAUGGGGGCCUACAGAAGGAGAUUAUGAAUAUAGAGAGUACCGUGAAAGAGUUGCAGAAAGAACUGGAGAGACUGUCACCUUUUGAAUAUUCAUUUGUGCAGGCAUCAGAAAAAGCUGAGGCAUUGCAGGCAGAAUUAAAACGUGCCAUAACAGAACUCGAGCAUCGAAUGAAAGAGAAAGUUCAGGAGGUGCAGCAACAUGCAGAAAAUCUGGAAACAGACUUAAGAAAUGUGAAUGUACAAUUAGAACAUGCAGAGUUGGAAAAAAGAACUCUGAUCGAACAGUACGAGAAACUGAACGAUGUGAAGGUGAGGUUAGAAGAUGAGGUUGAGAGGCUUAGCCACAUACUGGAGGUUCACAAGCAAGCAAUUUCAGAUCUCAAGAAAGAGCUUCAAGAAAAAUUAUUUAUAUUUGAAACUACCAUUUCAGAGAAAGAAGUGGCAAGAAAAGAACUUGAAGAACGAGUCCAGAUGCUUGAAACAGAACUGCAAGAGAAAAUGUCAGGAUAUGAAGAGAAAGAACGUGCUGCCAGCGAUAUGAAUGUGAAGAUACAUCUGUUAGAAGAAGAACUGAAGGUGAUGACUUCUGCAGUUGAUACAGCAACUUCAGAGAAGGAAGAGAUAAAGAACAAGCUGAAUGAAAGAAUUGCUUUACUAGAAAAAGAACUUGAGGGAGCAGUGUUAUCAUUUGAAAGUGCUUCUUCAGAGAAAGAGAAGGUACAUUGUGAACUACAAGAAGUUCUUCAGUUUCAAGAGGCUGAACUGAAGCGAUAUCAGCACAUGCUUGAAGUUAUGCAGUCCCCAACUGAAACAGACUCUAAUGUUAGUAGAGUGGAUUCUGAAGAACAAGUUGCUAGUUUAACUGCAGAACUGGGUCAUUUAAAGUCAGUUCUAACACAGAAAGUUAAUGAAAUUAAAAGUUAUCAGACUCGUUUACUGCAGUUACAGUUCAAAAAUGUUCCAGAUGACGAACAUGAUGAUCAUCCAUAUUUACAAGCCAAAGUAUCACACUUGGAAGAUUCCAACAUAAAAUUGCUGGAAAUAAUACACAUUAAGGAGGUACAGAUUUCAGACCUGAGCACAGCUGUGGCUGCUUCAAGUACAGAGCUUGGACAACUCCGGUCUGAGCUCAAGAGCUAUCAUCAUAGAGUUGAGGAACUCACGAAACAAGUAAAUAUUCUCCAACAGGAGGCUAUGAAUAAAAAUAAUUAUAUUCAGCAAUUGCAGAUGACAUUGGCUGAAACAGAAGUUCAGUUCCCCUCACAGGUAGAGUCCGCAACGCAAGAAUCCAGGUUAAAGCUAUCAGCUCUGGAGAAACAGAACAAGGAACUGUUUAAGGAGCUACUGAAGGUAAAGGCACAACAUACGGUUGCAGACAUUGUCAGAGUUGCAGAGGAACAUGUUCAGAAUAUGAGCACAGCAUUGGAGGACCCUGAUCACGGGCAUAAAUCAGUAACAUUGCAGCAAACUGUACAGGAGCAGUCAGACUCCUUUGGAACUGAAGAUCGGAUAAAGGAAUUGGAAGAAGAAUUGCAGUUAAUACAGUCAGAAAGAGAUGAAGCUUUACUGAAGAUCACAGAGCUUGCAUCUAAAAUACCUCCAACAUCUGGUGAUACAGUCCUGAUAUUUGAACAUAAUGCUCUAGUCAAGGGUAGUACUGAAGUCAGCACACCAUGGCAGCAAAUGAACAUAUCACAGAACUUGCGUAAGAUUGAACCUUCUGUGGCUCAGGACAGUUCGGUGGCUGUGGCCCCACAGGAUGUGGCACCAGAGACAGUUUUGAACCUCAGCUCAUCAAACUGGGAUAUGGGCAUAGAGGGUGAAGAGGAAGGGUGGGGGUGGGGUUCCGACGAAGCACGGCUCGAAGAAGAACACAUACGGAAACAGCAUGAGACUGUCUUGUAUUCAGAACCUUCAGAUGUGUUAAACGAUCGCAUCGUUACCUUAGAGAACCACAUCAAGGAUGUUAUAGCCGAAAAGGAGAAACUCAGUGAAGAACUGCACGCUGCACAAGUUCGCAGCGGGAAAAUGCUGAAGAAGUUAAAGGACUUGAAACUAAAAAAUGACAGUUUGUUGAAGGAGAACAUAGAAUUGGCAAAGAAAAGUGGCGAUAAGAAUUUUGGCGAUCUUGAUCAAGCCAUUGAAGAAGAACUUAAAAUCCAUAUCGAUAAUUUGGAGAAAGAACUUGAGGAAGUGCGAAAUGAAAAGGAUUCUGCUUGUGGCGAGAAGGAAAGACUGGAGAGUCACAUUGACAUGCUGACGUGUGCCAAUGAUAGAUUAGUGGAGAUGAAAGAAAGGCAGGACAUUGAUAUCGAGAUGUGGAAACAAAGGAAUAGAGAUCUGAGCAAUGAAGUGCAGUCACUAGAAUGGAGAAUAGGGGAACUGAUGGAAGAAAAUAAAUCUGUAACAGAAUCUAGUACACAGGGGAACCACAGUGAAAGAGAAUCUUUCUUCUCAUGGGAUAAGCAUGCCUUCACUUCCAAUAGUAGAAGUUUCAUGGAUACCGAGUCAACAAAUAAUGAACUUCAGGAGCAGCUGGCAGCUUUGUCAGCAGAUAAUGAAAAUCUUCAGAGACUUAUAGAAGAGCAAAGGAACUUGAGGUUGGCUGCAGAAGUGGAGUUGCAGAAAAUACAGCAGAGAAAGUCACAAACAGACACUGAAAUGCAGUUUUGUUCAGAAGAAGGUAGUAAUGUAAAGGAACAUUCAGAUGUAGUGACAGAGUACAAGACUGUGGAGGAAUUAAAACAAGAAUGUGACAGGCUCAUGGAAGAGAAAAACAACUUUCAGAAUGCUUACCAUGCUCUGAAAACGGAAUAUGACCGCAUGUGUACAGAGUCAGAGCAGUAUGUAGUUGCAACUGAAAAAAAAUAUGAGGCGGUUCAGUUUGAGUACACAAAGAAAAUAGAAGAUGUUUGUGAUGAGAAGAUUAAAAUUGAAGAAUAUUACAGAAAUGUACUGAAAGAACGUGAUCUAUUGGCUGAAGAGUUACAGCAACUCAGUACAAACUUGGCAGAUUUAACUCAGAAACAUAAGACUCUAGAACAGGAAUACAGCAAUAUAAAGGAACAUUUGACCAUGCAAGAGAAAGCAUUAAGUUUUGAAAACGAACAGAAGUGUGGCCUAGAACGUGAGUUAGCUCAUCUCAUAUCACAAAUGGAAAGUAACUCUCUGGGGUUAACUGACACAUCUGAGUUAUUGCAUAAGCAGCAGAUGAGGAUUUCAGAACUGGAAAUGGAGUUACAAGGCAAGACCGAAGAGAUAGAAAAGUUGCGCCAGUUGAUUGAGAACCAGAAACUUGAACAAGCCCAAGGUGAACAGGAAUGGAACAGCAAGUUAGAACAUUGCAGAAAGGAGCUAGAACUGUGCACAGAGGAGUUGCAUAAACAACAGAAUCAUCACAGCAUCCUCCUGAAAGAAUGUCAAGAAUUAAGGGACCACAAUGAUGAAAUGAUUCGAUGUCAUGUUCUGGAAGCUCUGAAUGCAAAGGAAAAAGAAAUUGGAAAGCUUAAAGUUUAUCUUGCAGAGAAGGAAGCAGUUGUCUUGGAGCUCGAGCAAAGGACCAAGGAGAACCAGAGAGUGAAUGAGUCCUUAGACCUUCUGAGUGCAAGAGACAAGGAUAUUGAAAGUCUCAAGACCAGACUUACUCAGAAAGAAAAGGAAAUUGAGGAACUAUACAGUAUUAGGGAUAAAGACAUGGAUAAUUUAAAAAUUAUGCUAUCAGAGAAGGAACAGAAAUUUGAAGAACUUCUGGGGCAGAAAGACCAUGAUAUUUACAACUUACAAGUUCAGUUGUCUGAGAAGGAUGCCAGGAUCAGUGAACUCCAGCAAACUCUUGACGAAGAAGCGAGACAAUUAACUGAAUUACGAACACUUCUUGAAGAUCGUGAGCUACAGCUAAAGCAGUUGAAGGAUGAGCUGAUGACUACAAGAAGCAAAGAAGAGCAGGAUCUCUCAGUCUUGCCAAACCAACCACACGAUUCAUUUUCUAGCUCUUUAACAGAUGAGAUUAAACCUUCAGUGCAAGACAGUCCAGAGAGGAGAGGACGGAAAGAUAGUAGUUCUUCUGAUGCACAACAGGGGGAACUAGAUCUGGCACUGUACAUGCUGCAUCAGCGAGAUGUUCGCUGUGAUGAACUGACAUUGGAACUAAUGCAGUUGUUGGAAGAACGUGAUUCGCUGCAAUUACGACUUUCCAACGCACUGCGUAUGAAUGAAGAACUCCGAGCUAGAAUCAGGACUUCAGUUACAUCUUCACCUGAUAAAACUGCAGACCAGUCGCAGUCAAGAGAGCAGGUACCUCAACACAUAGCAGCUGCAGUGUCUUUACCACCGUCGGUGAGUGCCGCAAUGCAGGAACCGCAGGAGGACUUACAGAUUCUCGCUAAUAAGUUAUCACAGCUGCAUAGUGUUGGAUACCACAGAGAUGUGACAUUGCAAGACGAGCGAGAGCAGCGCCACAGUGAGCAGAUGAGAAUGUUGCAUCCGAGGGGGAGCGGCAUAGUCGUCGAUGCCAGUUAUACCCUUUCUCGAGAUGUCCAGAGUCCCUCCACUGUUCUGCUCAAUUGGAUAUGGGGACGAAGUACACCACGUGUGAUGCACGUAUGAAUGCCAGACAAACCAUGGGACAUCAUUUAAUGGAGAAACCUGAUGGGUUUGGUUUUGCUAAUUAGGAAUGACAGAAUUGUCAUGAUGUUCAUGUAAUAUCCAUUCUUAUAGAAAUCAACAUGAACCUUUAUGCAGGUUUUCCAUGGUGUUCUGAUCCCAGCAUGAAAGUUAUGGCACUUGGUACACAGCAAUGAGUUAACCAUGCAUUCAUCACCUUAUAAGAAUCUAUAUAAAAUUAUUUUGAGGUACAUCUCUCAUGAUUUUGGUGUGAUAUAUCAUUUCCUUCAUUCACAGUGUAAGGAAAUUUUGAUAUACAAUUUCAGGAAAACAUAUCUAACUGAACUUCCAAGGCUGUAGAAUUUGUAAUACCCAGUGAUGGCUUUUACAUACAGUUGGCUGAAUAUGUACGUCUUCUUUUGUUCUGGUUCAAGUUUAAAGUUGUUCCUGUGCCUUAUCUUGACAUCAUGAAGGUGUGUAGAAUCAGAAGUUAUGUUCCAAGUGUUCUCCUCCUUUGCAUUGAUUGAGUUAUUUUCAUUGUAUAGCUGUAUUACCCAUGGAGGAAACUGGAUGAGCCCAGGAGCUGGUCUUCAUGUGGUAAUGCAGAAAGAAAUCCUGUCUGUCUCAGCAUGUGAACACUGUCUCACAUACUCGUAAAGCCAGUGACCUUACUGACCAAACUGUCAUGGCUUAUGCAAAGAAGAUAGCCAGCUGACAUAAAAUAUACCAUAUUUAAUGAAAUUUAAUAAUAAUGUCCUGUAGUAAAAUUUAUUAACCAAAUUUAAUUUUCAUACGUAUUAGAAAUGAGCCAGGAUAGCUCAGCCAGUGAAGUAACUGACUGAGAAGUCAUUUUAUUUUAAGCAGGGAUUCUUUGCUAUCAUGUCCAUCUUCCUAUCCAGGGGGUACCAGGAACUUUGCAGAAAGGGUAAAACAAGCAGAGGGCGACGCUGACCACUCUCCUAGCCCAUGAUAUGUAUAUUGGCCGUCUUGUAGUGCACUCAAUUUCACAGGUCGCUUCA